GAGACUCAUACCUGGAAUGCGUAGAAGCAGCUGAUACGCAGCAAAAAAAAGCUACAAUAUUUUUUUUAUAAAUAUAAAACAAAACGUUUACAUCAAGCAUUAAAACUUCAUAAAUAGAAAUUUAUUAACCGAAUAAAACCUCAAAAUGACAACAGCGGCGCGCCCCACAUUUGAUCCUGCACGCGGUGGCUCUGGCCGUGGCGAAAAAGACUUGAGUGCUCUUAGCAAACAAUACUCAAGUCGCGAUCUGCCUGGACACACCAAAUUGAAAUACAGGGAAACUGGCCAAGGAACUAGCGAUGAGAUCCGCAAUCGCGACUUCCGCAAGGAGCUCGAGGAACGUGAACGUGACGCCCGUUCUGGCGCCAGCUCUGGCAAGGCGCUGCCCUCGAUUGUGCGCAAGGCGAUUGAGGCAAACAGCAGUGCGAGCAGCAGCAACAAGCGCGCCAAAUUCGAAAGUCUGUCACAGCAGCAGCUGCUGCAGCAGCAGCAACAGCAGGCAGCAGCCAAUCUCGAUGCGGAUGAGCCGCUGGACAACGACAGUUCAGGUUCGGACAGUGAUUCAGAUGAUGAUGAUGCCGCUCUGCUGGCUGAAUUGCAUAAGAUCAAACAGGAACGCCUACAGGAGACGGCCCGUCGUGAGGCCGAGAAGAAGCAGGAGGACGAACGCAUACGAAUGGAGAACAUUCUGUCAGGCAAUCCGUUAAUCAACUAUGAGCCGGGCACGGCGGCAUCGGCUGCUGGCCGCGCCUCUGGACUCGGCGGCGAUUUGAAAAUCAAACGACGCUGGGAUGAUGAUGUUGUGUUCAAGAACUGUGCCCGCUCCGCGCCCGAGAAGAAGACGCACUUUGUGAACGACGCGCUGCGCUCAGAUUUCCACAAAAAGUUCAUGGACAAGUAUAUUAAGUAGAUGAUUAAAAAGAUAGUAUAGUAAGCCAAUCAACACGAUUUGAACAUUCAUUCGAAAUAGUGGAAUCCAACUUCUCUUUCAUUUUCAUUUUUCAUCUUUUUUUUUCUGUUUUUUUUUUUGUAUCUCUUGUGUUGCAAAUCAAUAAAAUUAAAACAUA